UGGAAAUUUCCAAUCAGUCCUUUUUGCAUCUGUGCAGUUGAUCCAUUUGUAACUCAAACUAGUUGAUCGUUCUUUUACCUAUUCAGUGCUGUAAUUUGGACUUGCAUCUUUAUUCUUACACAGAAUUUUUGUUGGAUUGGGAGGAAGCCAAGACAUUUUUGGAUGUCGUUGAAACGUUUUUGCUCGCGCAUCGCCGAAGCAUCCUUAUCCACGGCAGCUGCUGUCUCACCAGGAUCCAAGAGCAAGAAUCGCGAAAUGGCCAUCGAUAUCUUCAACAAAGCCAGCCGCGAUGAGAUCGCGCGCCACUCUGUUCCGCUGCAUCUCAUUCCCAAGAAGCGGGAUUACGACGAGUUAAUGGAAGCCAUUGGCAGUGCCCGUGUCGUGCUUAUCGGCGAAGCCAGCCAUGGAACGCAUGAAUUUUAUCGUGAGCGGGCUUUGAUUACGAAACGUCUGAUUGAGGAGAAGGAUUUCACAUGCAUUGCGGUCGAAGGAGAUUUUCCGGACACGUUCACUGUUAAUCGCUAUGUUCAGCAAUUGAACAAGCAGACGAAUGCUCCGAAAUCUGCUCGUGAAGCACUGGAAGAGUACAACCGCUUCCCGCUGUGGAUGUGGCGGAACUACGUCAUGCUGAAUUUUGUUGAAUGGCUGCGCCAUCACAACGACCGGGUAGGAAAGAGCGGAGGUGACAAGGAGAAGUCCGUUUUAUGUGGCCUGGAUGUUUAUUCGUUACACCGUUCGGCCGACGCCGUCAUCGAGUACCUGGAGCGCGUGGAUCCCAAAGCAGCCAAGGCAGCACGGGAUCAGUAUGAGUGCUUUGAGAAGUUCGGCGAUGACACCACGAUGUACGCCUUCGCGGCACGCUACAAUCUGACCUCUACCUGCGAAAAGGAAGCGAUGAAUGUGCUAAAGGCUCUCAAAGAGCACACGGAAGAGUAUCUGCAAAAGACGAAAGAUGGACUGGAAAUGGAGAGUGAAUUAUUCGGCUGUUUGAUGAAUGCUGCCGUUGUGGAAGGCGCGGAACGGUAUUAUCGUGUCAUGAUGGAUGCGGACGCGACCAGCUGGAAUGUCCGUGAUUCAUGCAUGGUGGCAGCGUUAGAGCGCUUAAUGCACUGGAAAACCGAGGUGCUUGGCCGCCCCGCCAAAGUGGUAGUAUGGGCUCAUAACAGUCACUUGGGCGAUGCUCGCUUUACGGAGAUGGGGCGUCGACGAAAGGAACAUAAUAUCGGACAGUUGUGCCGGGAAAAAUGGGGCGACAACAACGUCUAUAACAUUGGAUUUAGCACUUACAACGGCGAAGUAACUUGUGCGUCGGAUUGGGGCCAGAAGCGUAUUGAGAAGAAAACUGUGAACAACGCCAUGGAUGGAUCUUAUGAAAAGUUCUUCCAUGAAGUAGCAAUGGAACACAACAUUCACAAUUUCCUCACCAUCUUUAAGAAGAUAUCCGACGACAAGAAGCCGAAAAAGGCGGCGACGGGCGCCCAUCCCUUUCCUAAACUGCCGGAUAACAAAGAUUUUAAGAGUGUUCCGAUCACUAGUUUUCCACUGGAGCGUGCUAUUGGCGUAAUUUAUCGGCCGGAAACAGAGCGUUAUUCGCACUUCUUUGAAGCCUAUUUAAGCGAGCAGUUCGACGCCGUUAUUCAUAUUGUGAAACUGUCAACGCUGCUGGCUCUUGAUGAUAAAGCUCGAAAGCCGGGUCUGGAAGAGGAAAAUCUCCCGGAGCUCUUCCCUUUCGGGCUGUAAAUAAUCCUAUACUGUUGAUCGGCAGCAGAGACCGAUUUCGAUCUCUUUGUACCAAGUCUGUACUUGUUCAGUGUACAUAUGAACGACCCGUGGAAUUUCUGUAUUAAGUAUCUAUCUAUCAUUGAUGUGGACCGGUUUGGUUUUCGUGUACAGUAAUUUGUAUUUA